GGCCCCGCGCCCGCCGGCCUGCCGGCCGUGGCGUGCGGGCGCGACGGGGGCCGCUCUGCGGGCCCCGGGCGCGCGGCGGCCGCCCGCCGGCAGCUGCGGAGCCUCGGCCGGGCGCGCGCGAGCGCCAAGCCGAGGGGCAGCCACGACGGGGACGCAGCCCGGGCCCCCGCGACGGAGGAGCAGCUGCGCGAGGACCUCGCGGGGCGCAACGGCCGCUGGCGGCAGAGGCGCGCGGUGGACGGCCUGGCGCUGCUGGAGGCGCAGAAGGCCGCCGACGCGGAGGAGGACCGCCGGCGGGAGCAGCGGCGCGAGGCGCGGCGCGCCGAGCGGGAGGAGUGGAGCCAGCAGUGCCGCGAGACGGAGCGGGUGUGGAUGGAGGCCAAGAUGCGCGAGCACGAGGCCGAGCGCGACCGCAGGGCGAGGCAGGAGGCCGAGCUGGAGCGCGAGCGGCAGCGCGCGGAGGCGCUGGAGUCGAGGAGGCGCUUCCUGCGCAUGCCGCGGCCCUGCAGCGCCUGCGCGGGAACGGGCAAGUGCCAGGAGUGCAGGGGCGCUGGCGCCACCACCGCCACCUAUCUCUCCUCCACGGUGUCCGACGACGGUGGUGGCCACUUCCACGGGCGUACCAUCCACGGCUGCCAGGCCUGCGGCGGCACCCGCAGCGCCGAGGCGGUCAUGUCGCGGCUCUCCAGCGACUGCCAGAGCGGCUCCGGCAGGUGCACGAGGUGUUGGGGGGAGGGGUGCACGCGGCUCAGCGAGUCCGAGGUGGAGGCAGCGAUGCAGGCGUCCUAG